CGUGUUGAAACGAAACUUAAGUAAAACCCCUCAAAGAAAACUGUUUUUUAAAUAGAGCACGUUUGCUUUCUAUUUGUCGCAGCUUUUAUUAAUCAGAAACUUGAGACUUUGCAGAUAUGGCAACUGCCAGCAGUCUGUUGUCAGAGGAGAUGUUCUUAUGCUGCAUCUGUUUGGACGUGUUUACCGAGCCAGUGUCAACCCCGUGUGGCCACAACUUCUGCCGCCCGUGUAUCCACAAGUAUUGGGACUCUAGUGACGUUUGUCAGUGUCCAUUUUGCAAAAGGACAUUUUCUUCGAGACCUGAACUCAACGUCAACACUACCAUGUCUGAGUUAGCGGCUGAGUUUGGAAAGCUGGUCCAAGUCAAAGUGUCAACUUCAGACCGAGAGCUCCCAGAAGGAACAAAUGUUCUUUGUGAUAUCUGCACCGGGAUGAAAGAAAAGGCCGUUAAGUCUUGUUUGAUGUGCCUUACUUCUUUCUGUGUAGUCCACCUGGAGCCUCAUCAGAGAGUUUCAGUGCUUAAGAGCCACAAACUAAUCGAUCCUGUGAUUAAUCUUGAUGAGAGGGUGUGCAAAAUGCACAACAAGAUAACAGAACUGUAUUGUAGGACUGACAAGGCCUGUGUUUGUGUGCUGUGUUUCAAAAGCGAUCACAAGAGUCACAAUGUCAUCUCGCUAGAGGAAGAGUAUGAGGCUGUGUUAGCAAAAAAUGAUGAGGUAAUGGCAAAUAUCCACAAGAUGAUACAAUCACGAUGCGAUAAGAUAGAUGCGAUUGAAAAGUCACUUGAUGCCAGCCAGAAAGAAGCCGAUGAAGAGAAAGAAGCCAGUGUGCAGAUGUUUACUGACUUCAUUCGCUCGAUUCAGAAGAGUCAAGCUGAUGUUGUUGAGGUGAUUGAAGAGAGGCACAGAGCGAUGAAACAAAAGGCUGAAGGUUUUCUGAAAGAGAUGAGGAUGGAAGUUGCUGAGCUUAAAAGCAGAAUAAGCCAGCUGGAGCAGCUGUCACGAUCUGAGGACCAUCACUGUCUUGUCCAGAACUUCUCAAGCUUACGGGCUCCUUCAAGUAAGGACCGGUCCAAUGCUGGUGUUUACAGCAACUUGUCUUUUAAUAAAGUGAGAACAGCCAUGGCUCAGGUGAAACAAACAGCUGAUAUAAUUUUGGAGAAAGUUCCAGAGAUCAAAAUGAAAAGAAUGAGAGAACAUGCAGUAGACUUGACUAUUGAUCCCGACACAGCACAUUGCUCACUUACCAUUAGUCAAGACCGAAAACAAGUUGGAACUGCAGAAAAACAGAAUCUUCCAAAAAAUCCAAAAAGAUUUGAGAUGUAUCCAGAAGUCUUAGCAAAGGAGGGCUUCACAGGGGGGAAGUUUUACUUUGAGGUGCAGGUGAAAGAUAAGAGUAAGUGGACUGUUGGCGUGGUGAGAGAGUCUGUAGAUAGAAAGGGAGACACACGUCUAUCAGUUUCAGAUGGUUAUUGGACCAUCGGGUUAAGUGAGGGCAAGUAUUAUGGAUAUGAAAAUUCAGCUGUUAUAUUGGUACAGUUAAAAAAGCUUCAAAAAGUGGGCAUCUUCGUGGACUACGACAAGGGAGUGGUUUCUUUCUAUGAUGUGGAUUCCAAGUCACACAUCUACUCUUUCAGUGGCUAUCGCUUUAAAGACAAACUUUAUCCAUAUUUUUGCCCUCAUUAUAACACAGACAAAAUGAAUGUUGCCCCUCUUGUCAUAACACCUGUACAUCACAGAUUAGCUUAGUAUGAUCCUCAUUUGCAGAAGACAAACUAGGCUUCAACAUUUCCAUAAUCAGUAUGUAAAACUAUAUCUGCUUGGAAGUUCAUCACCAGAUCAUUCUAUGUGUUUGCCGUCUUUGUCUAAUGUACUAUGCUAUGAUGUUAAUAUAUUUCAGCUAAAAUUACCAGCUGACUUCAUAAUGUAAGUAGGAUAGACUUUGACAAGAUAUUUGUAUGUAUAUUUUUGUAUUUAGACAAGGUUACAUGCAGGCGAAUUUAAAAAAAAAAAAUUACACACACACACAGAAAUACAUGCCAGACCUUUUGCUUUUUGUUAUCAAAUUCAAAUUAAAAGCUUUAUCAGAUUCACAGAAAGAGAUGAUACUAAGAUGAGAAGAUUAACUCUCAGUUUAAGCUGUUUUUUGUAGUUAGCAGUAACUGGAAAUGAAUUGAUUUUAUGUAUUUGAAAAGUUACCUGAAUAAACUUCACCUCAAGACUGA